AUCGGUGAUAUGUAUAAGUCAAACCAGAUAGACUGAACAAUCAGGUGUAUAACUGCUACUUCUACAAUGAAUUUGGAGAAAAAUGUGCUUGUUUUUUCGGUAAUAACACUUAUUUGCUCUGCUUCAAACUUUCUCGAUGAUGAGUGGAAGCUUUGGAAAUCCAAAUAUGGAAAGCAGUAUAAAAAUGAGGAGGAAGAAAUUUUUCGUAGAAAUGUUUGGGAGGAAAAUUGGCGGACAAUCCACAAACACAAUACCUUGGCCAAUCAGGGUUUGAAGAAGUAUACUCUGAUUGCGAACCAUUUUGCUGAUAUGACCUCGCAAGAACGUACACAGAAAAGCAGAAUGCCUUGUCCAAAGCUAAAUGCUCCAAAAGCAGCAGUUUUUCAAGGACAACCUGUCAAAAGAAUGUCUGGUUAUCCAGAGAUUCCAGAGGAAGUUGACUGGAGGAAUUCUGGGUGUGUCAGUCCUGUAAAAAAUGAGGGGGACUUUUGUGAUGUAUCUUGGGCGUUUUCAGUGGUGGGCGUCCUUGAGAGCCGUUACUGCCUCAAAAACAAUGAGCUGUUUAGUUUCAGUGAGCAGCAACUAAUUGACUGUCUUGGUAGCUGCUGUGGAGGAGACCCCGAACUUUCCUUCGAACAUGUUGAUGAAGUAGGACUCAUGCAGAGCAAGGACUAUGAAUACACUCAGACGGCGUUUACUUGUCUGUACAAUCCAGAAGAUGCAGUUAAAAUUAACAUUACCAAGUUCUACUCUCUAAACCGAAAUGGCAACAUCGCCAAGGUGCUGGCAGUGGAUGGACCAGUCGCUGUGUUCUUAAAAGUUGGUAAUGAUUUCCAUUUCUAUAAUGGAGGAAUCUAUGGUGAUGAUAGUGAAGACGCGGAGUGUUCUAAUUCUAUAGCACAAACAGUGACUUUCAUAGGAUAUGGAUCUGAAUGUGGAACAGACUAUUGGCUAUUAAAAAACAGCUGGGGCAAUGAAUGGGGGGAAAAGGGAUAUGGAAGAAUUAAUCGCGUUCCCAGUAGAUGCGUAUCUACAUUCAGGGUGGUGACAGCCGAAAUUGGGGAUUCUGAAUGAAAGGAAAUACACAAACUACACAGCUGCAGGACUCUCUCUCUCUCUCUCUCUUCAUUUCUCUCUCUCUC